CCAAUUGCGUUUUGCUUCAAUAGUCCGACUUCUGCCUCUCUUCUCUCUCUCUCUCUCCGCUGCUCAUCGGUGACACGGGACUCUACCAUAUCAAACUUAGAGAGAAUACAGCCACGGAAGGAUGCUUCAAGAUUUUGAAGUAUAUUGAAUAGUUUUGGAUGGUUUUAUUGGACAGUUUAUUUGUAGAAGCUUUUUAGACAGUUGUACAUUUUGGGUAUUUGUUGUUUUGCAACCCAUUUGCUGAUGUGGUCAUUUUGUACACGUGUCGAUCAACCGUUGGUGUAUAGAACCAAAUAAGGAAGCUGAUGUGUGGAAACUGGAAAACGCUAAGCUCAGAUUCGAUGGCAUGUAACCCCUCAAACUGCCAAUCAAAUUGCCAUGGAAAUGAAGAAAAAGCAGAGGUAGUAGUAGGAGAAGAAUAUGUCUCAGCCAAUCAGAAUCAGAAUCUGUGUAUAAAAUGCAAGACCAAGGAGCCCAUUGGUGGCGAUGAGGGGCGGAUGUUCUGCAUCGAAUGCUUUCGAAGCAACUUAUAUGGAAAGUUCAGGCUGGCUGUCACCUCCCAUGCCAUGAUUACUCCUACCGAUAACGUCCUUGUUGCCUUCUCUGGUGGCCCUUCCUCCAGGGUGGCUUUACAGUUUGUACAUGAGUUGCAACACAAGUCCCUGAAGAACUUUGACGCAAGUAGAGAUAGGUUGUUACCAGUGUUUGGUGUUGGAGUUGCUUUUAUUGACGAAACAACCAUUUCUCCACUUCCUUCUCACGAUAUCAACAGAGCAAUUCAAGACAUCAGAUUGAUCGUGUCCAAUCUAGGCCCGCCAAUAAAACAGUUGCAUGUGGUUCCCAUCGAAAACAUCUAUUCUGGUGAUGGGACAAACAGAUUGAAGAAUUUGCUAGAUGCUGUUAGUGAUACCACUGGAAAAGAAGAUCUUUUGCUACAUUUACGGAUGUUGUCCUUGCAAAAGGUUGCCUCUGAAAGUGGAUACAACAAGAUUGUACUAGGAUUGUGCGCAUCGAGGAUUGCUUGCCAUGUGAUUUCGGCCACAGUAAAGGGCCAAGGAUAUUCUUUGCCGGCAGAUAUACAAUAUGUUGAUUCAAGGUGGGAGAUACCAAUAGUGCUUCCGCUCCGUGACUGUCUUGUGCAAGAGCUGAACAUGCUUUGUCACCUUGAUGGUUUAAAGACAGUGGAGUUGCUUAAAGGUCCUUGCUCUGGCAUCAAUGGCUUGGUAUCGUCAUUUGUAAGGAUAUUGCAGGAAGAAAAUCCAUCCCGAGAGUGCACAAUUGUCAGAACAGCUGGAAAACUUACUCCAUUUCAUUUCAACAGGAUUCCGGAGAGCGAUGACUCUGUCAUCCCUUUGGCAACCCGAAGGCGUCAAAAGAGAUAUAAUCUAAAGCCUAAUGAGUCAAUAUCCUCAGAGUCAUUCUGUACUAUCUGCAAUAGCCCACUUAACAAAUCUGACAUGCUAAGAUUGAGCAAUCUUGGGAGUUGCCAAACAAGUUCUGAUAGUUUUGGUGCUGCCUGUUGUUCAAGUUGCCGCUUUCAGAUACUUCCAAAGGAUCCCUCAUCAAUGGAUCACUUCUAUUCACUUUUACCCCAGCCAUUGGUUGCCCGAGCAAAGCAUAGUAGCUAUGAUAAUCUUAGUUUGCUUAGGGAACAGAUACAAGAUUGCUUGCUCUCAGACAGUGAAGAUGAAAGUUGAUUUUACUUGCCCUUUCCUAUGGUCCUCAAUUUUUGAAGCAUAUAAUUCAUUUUUGGUGUUGGAUCCUAUUACAAAUCGCUCAGUUAGACAGUUGCUCAAAGAUAGCCUGCCUGCCUUAUGAAUGACAUCAUAGCUUUCCUGCCGUCUAAGAUGAUAUAUAAAUGGUUAUCACAGUUUUCAAGUACUGAGAAACUUAAGAUUCAAAUCUUUUGUACUUUGAAGUGGAAGAUAUUACUAGUUGGUUACAGUGUUUAUCAUUUUACCCAUUAAUCCAUUUGAAUCCCCCUCCAUUGGUUGAAAACUUA